AUGUCACUUGCCUUACCCUGCCUAAGGUGGAAGACCUCAACUAAGCCCUGCAUGGGCCUGGCUCAAUAUGAAGUUCCAAUCUCUGAUGAGGCAAUAAACAGUGUGAAAACGGCAGACAAAGAGCAAAGCCAAAAGAGGGUUCGUUCUGAUAUCGAGACAAUAAACACAUAUCGGCAGGUGACACAGGCAAUCUCCAACGACUUCUCAACUCUGAAGGAUAUGGCCAGCCCCAAGGUGGGAGAGGUCUUGGAAAGUAUUGUCAGCGAGGGUAUUUUCUCUGAACUGCAGAGACUUAAGGUCAGUGAAACACCCUUGAAUCGUAAAGUGAGGUUUUUCCUCCUCUCCGAACAAAGGGUUGGGUCACGUUCAUCCGACAAAAGAAAUCGGUCGUCGAGUCCAUCAACUGAAAGUAGUGCCAAGAAGGCUCCGCGACUCUCUGGACUUCUGACAGAUAGACUUCCACUCCACGCUCUAGUAAUCUUAGUCGGGCAAGCACAUCCUCAAACCCCUCUCGGGGCACACCUUCAGGGUACCCUCUUGCAAGACCAGGACCAGAGUCUCCAUCUAGCAUACCACAUAGACUACUAA